AUGGACAAUGUGACCUCAAUAAAUGUGUUUUUUCUUUCAGGGUUAAAUGAAACAAUGAACCACAGAAUUGCUAUUUUCUCUGUGACUUUAAUCUGUUACUGUGUGAUUUUGCUGUUAAAUGUUUCUCUUGUUGUGAUCAUUAUUUCAGAUAAUAAUCUCCAUGAACCCAUGUACAUUAUAUUAUGUGCUUUUUGUAUGAAUGGACUCUAUGGAACAACAGGUUUUUACCCCAAAUUUCUCUGGGAUCUGCUGUCUCCUGUCCAUUUGAUCUCUUAUUCCGGCUGUCUGAUUCAGGCUCUGGUGAUACACUCAUUUACUUCCAGUGAUCUUUCUAUUCUUGCCCUUAUGUCAUAUGACAGAUACCUGGCUAUAUGUCGCCCCCUGCAGUAUCACUCCAUCAUGACAAAGAAAAGACUCUUUCACUUCUUAGUUUUCAUAUGGAUUGUACCUGCUAUCAUUUUUCGUAUUAAUAUGUUCCUGACAUCAAGAAUGAAAUUAUGCAGCUCGAGAAUUUCCAGACUCUACUGUUUGAACAGGGUUAUCGUUCAACUUGCUUGUUCUUCAUCUGACAACAUGAUUAGUAGUAUUGUUGCUUAUAUUACAAUAAUAAUUUAUUUCUUUCACGGUUUGUUCAUAGUUUGGUCUUACAUGUAUUUAAUCAAAACAUGCAUAAGCUCUCUGGAAAACAGGAGAAAGUUUAUGCAAACUUGUGUUCCACAUUUAACCUCCUUAUUCAUUUUCAUUGUGACUGUAUUAUUUGAUCUUAUGUAUAUGCGAUUUGGUUCAAAGGAUUUACCUCAAGCUUUUCAGAAUUUUGUUGCAAUUGAAUUUCUUGUUAUUCCUCCAAUUAUGAAUCCUCUGAUAUAUGGCUUCAAUUUGGCUAAAAUUUGGAAAAGAAUUCAAAAUGUAACUCAGUUAAAGUAUUAA